CAGCUCCAGCCUCCUCACAGACAGAACCAAUCCUCCUUGAUCCCUCCGAACAGAGACCUUCUAAUAUCAAACAGAUUCAAACACGUUCCAUUUCCAGAUCCAAACAAUGUCGUCCCAUGAGCAGAGCUUCAGAGCUGGUGAAACCAAAGGCCGAACUCAGGAAAAGGCCAACCAGGCGAUGGGCAAUAUUGGAGAGAAGGGCCAACAGGCCAAGGAGAAGGCUGCAGGGACGGCCCAGGCGGUAAAGGAUAAGGCCCAGAACGCGGCCCACAAUGUUCGUGAGAAGGCCCAAGAGAAGGGUGGAGCGGCAAAUGAGAGGGCCUCAGAGAUGGGCCAGUCCACCAGGGAGACGGCCCAAUCUGGGAAGGACAACAGUGCAGGGUUCCUGCAGCAGACAGGAGAGAGAGUGAAGGACAUGGCACAAAGUGCUACUGAAACUGUCAAGAACACAUUCGGUAUGGCCCACCAUGAUGAAGAUGAAGACUAUCCUACUUACAACCGCAGAAAUUACUAGACUGACAUUUCACUCUCUCAUAAAUAAAAGCUACUUCUUUUAAUUUUGUUGUUGUUGUUGAACUCUUUUGUUUCCUCGUAUGUAAUGUCGUAAUGCUUUUUCAAUUCAGUUUCAACCGUGUUGUAAUAUUGUUUGUUGUAUGAGUUGUGUCAAUUCCUCUUUGCAGA